CAAAACGUAUAACUGCUUCAAUCCCAAGAGUAUCUGCAAUCGGCAAUCCCUACUGUCAGUAUCAUUAAUCAUCAAUCAUUAUCUUUCAUGCUUUUUCAGGUUUGAUCAUAAUUAAGAUAAAUUUGUUGGCAUUCGCUGUUCAUCUGAUAAAGAAUUGUGGGUGAGUAAAAGUUUGCUUCUUGUACUUUUCUUAAUGUAUUUUUAUAGAUUAUUAAUUUGAUUAUUUGUUUUUUUUUUGUCUUUUACUGUUUGUUGUUCAUUGACUGAUUUGUUAUAAUUUGAAAUGAUCUUUUCUUUUAUGUUAUAAUUCUUUGAUGGAAGUUGAAUAGUUUCAUUUUUAAUGAUGCAUUUUGCUGAUACUUGUUCUAAUGAAGGGAUUGAGAUUUUUACUGUUAAUUGUUUCCUUGUUCAAAAUCAAUAAUUAUGAAAUGGAGGCUUGGAAUUCUUGAUUUUAUUCGUUCUAUCCCUAUGAAUUUGCUAAAUUUUCAUAUUGUAGCAAAUUUAAGCAGACAAACAGAGUAGCAUGCAAUUUAUGAAGUAAUAGAUCAUUAUCUGAAAAGUGAAAACUGACUCCCCAAAUAAGGACAAAUUUGUAAGAAAUGGGCAUUUUUCUCUUAUAUUUUGAAUUUGGACUACAAAUACUGCCUUAUAUUUACGUAAAGACAUGAGUAUUGUCUUUAUGUCCAUGUGCCCAAUGGUGAAAGAUAGAUUACAUGAAUAUUUUGGGCUGGAACAAAGUAAUUUGUUAGUAAAUUUUUUUUGGUUGUUAACUUGUUAUCACUAGUACGGGUAAAAUUGCAUACAUUUGACCUUCUAGAUCCAGUCCAGGUGCGGGCCACUAAUGCAAUCGAGUUAAUGAGUGUUGUUGAUAAUGGGGUAAUGGAAUGUUGUUGGGGUGUUCCGUUUCAUGAUCGAAUAUAAGGGUAUCUUUUGUUAGUAAUGUCAAACUCAAUUAGAAGUUGAUAUUUUCCUAAGUUUUAUUGUCAUAAAGGAUGAUGUGCAACUUCUUGUUGUUAUCAUACCCUUCAUUGGUUACUAAUUAAUUAGUUAAGCACACUAUGAUUUGAUUAUUCUAUUGAUUAGGUGACUGACAGCAACUGAUUGGAUUAUUGGAUUAAAAAUGCAUGGCUUCUGCAUCAUUCCUGGAUUUUUGUUACCGUGCUCUUAUCUUAAAACAUAUUCUUUAUAUGUUUGGUAGCAUAAGGUCAUCUCUGUCUUCUUAGCUUAGUAUCUGCAGUCUGCACUAAAGAAUUAACUGUCGGUUGUGUUGAUUAUGAUUAACUGUUAUCUAACAUAUCCUGGGGCCUCAACCAUCAGCUAAAGUUUUUGGUUGAGUUGGUUCCUUGACAUGGUAUUAGAAGCCAGUGUGACAAGAGGUCACGGGUUCGAAUCUCAACCACCCCUCAUUUAAAGUGGAAUAUUUGGCGCCAGGUAAGAUGAGGGCCACACUUCUAGGCCAAAGUGCUCUUGUGUGAGGGGCAUGUUAGAGUAUAUAACCUCAACCAUCAGCUUAAGCUUUUGGUUAAGAUGGUUCCUUCACAUUAACUGUGAGCCAUGACUAUUUUCUUACUUUUUAGGGGAGUAAUUAGCACUAACAAUGUGGAUACACAUCUUCGUCGAUCUUUGUGGUUGAGCCGAAAAGAAGAUCUAAGCCCUGCAAAACGGGGAUCAUGCUGAUGCUUAUGCUGCUACUUCUUGAUUAAGGAUGAAAAAACUUUUCUUUCCUAAAGCUUCAACGAACGGAGGUGAAAACUGUCAAAAGUCUCCAAGAACACAAGAUAAGAAACAGUCUCAACAGACGCGAUGGAAAACAGUAGGCGCACAAAAUGUGGAAAACAUGUUUCAAACUACCGAGCAUUUCAUUCCUGUCUCUGAGAGGAAAGUUACAGAGAAGAAGACUAUAUCUAGAACAAGGAGCUUUGUUCUUAGGAGGAGCCAAAGUUUUCAAGUUUCCUCAGCAAUACACGACUGUAUAAGGGUUGGUGAACAAGACCUAGCUAGUCCAAGGGGUUGCAAAAAUGGACCAUCAAGCCAUAGCCGGUGUGAUUCUCUUAAUUGUGAUUAUCAGUUAACGAACAGGGAUUCAAAACUUGAAAGGGUUGAUAUACCAACCAUUCAACUACCUCAUGCAGAUGUCUUACAUGAGCGUUCUUGCUCCUGUCCGUCUAUUUCAAGCUCGCCUCGAAGUUCGUCUGCUUCAAAUUCUCUCUCAGGCAAAGUGCUAGAUCUCUACGUCGAUGAUGAGAACCAUCAAAAAGUGAAGCUAGGACUCGCUGAUCGUUAUCCUAGAGGUUCGAAAGAGAACAUGUUAUUUCCUUCUGGUGAUGUAUCUAGGGAUCACACUUUGAAGUCUGAAAAACGGCUUGAGUCCCCAAGGAAACUAGCAAAGGAUGUAGUUGAAAGGCUUAUAAGGAUAGAACAAUUUUACGAUUCCAAAAAACCCCGAAAUAAUUACUCCAAUUUGGCAAUGUUGACCUCAACGGUGUACAAUAAGCACUUAGAUAAACAAGGUCAAACUCCUGAAGCCAAUACCUCAGGAUCGGCUCUCGAGGAUAUCCUUGACGAGAAUUUGGAUGCUCAAAGUUCUACCUUGCUACCCUUAGAGGAGGAUUCCUCUGAUUUAACAUUACAGAGGAGAUUGGAGGAAUUAAACGGGAGGGCAAGGCGGCUAUCUGUGCAGCUAGCCGAAGGUAGAUUUCCGCAGUGCUGUGGUGAUGUAUCAAAAUUAUGUCAGACGGUUAGAAACCAAAUCGAAGAGGAAAGAAACUUGGUGCUUGAAAUUUAUGAACAGUUACAAAAUCAGAUUGCUGAUAGGAUUAAUGCUAAAGCAGCCUUAUCAUUGUUGAACGGAGAGAUGAAUUCGGCUAUAGUGAAACUCAUGAAAGAGAAGGAUGAGGUAGAAUCUCGAUUGCAGAAGGAGUUGGAUAGAAGGUCGGAUGAGUGGGAUAUAAAGCUUCGAGAGUUUCACUUAGAAGAGGGUCGAUUGAGAGAUAGGAUAAGGGAACUCACGGAGCAAAAUGUGUGUCUUCAAAAAGAAAUCUCAGGUUUUUACAACAAGGAAAAAGAAUACACGGAUAGAUUGUCGAACAUGGAGGUUCAUCUCAAAGAUUUAGCGGUCAAAAUGGAUGUAACCAAAUCAGAAAAAGACGGUCUGCAAGAAAGGCUGUCUGAUAUGCAAGAUGAACUGAAAGUUGCUGAAGAAGUUCAGUUAACAAUGGACAGAAAGCACAAAGAAAAGGAAACAGAACACAUGGAGUUGAUCAAAUUAGUUGCAAAGCUUCAAGGAAUGUGUACAGAACAAGAACGAACCAUUGGUGGAUUAAGACAUUGCCUAAAUUCCGAGAACUUAACAAAUAAAUUACAAAUAGAAUUCCUUCGGUUAACAGGAGUAGAACAAGAUCUGAGGAAACAGCUCGAGACUAUUUCAGUCGAAACAAAUUCUCUUCGGAGUGAAAACAUAUAUUUGUUGGAGCGUUUGAAAACUAUCGGAGAAGUAAGUGGAUCCUCGGCUCUUAAACUUGAGCAGGAGCUUCUAUCGUGCGUUAAAUGCUUGCAAAAGACAGGUUUAUCGCUAUUGGAUGAUUGUAUCCGAAUGUGUGAAAACUUGCUUGGGAUUGUAGAAAGUAAAACAACUCCGGAGGGUUUUCUAGAAACACAUUCUCUUGUUCAAUAUGGUAUGAAGAUUCAGGGAUUUAGUAAGGGUUUAGAGCAGCUAACUAGAAGCCUAGGGAAAACUACUUCAGUAUUAAAGCAGAAAGCAGAGAUAGCUAAUUUUGAGCAUGACUUGUGUGAAGCAGCUAACGAAAAAGUUUCGAAGGAUGAGAUGAAAUCUGAGCUUGAGGCGGAAAGAUUACUGACAAGUAUUCUUAAGGAGAAACUUUAUUCUAAGGAGAAGGAAGGAGAACAUAUGCAGGCUGAACUAGCUCGGGCAUUGAGGAGUGAUGAUGCUCUUAAGAGAGAGAUCCAAGAUGCAGCUGAUACUCUUUCUUGUGUAAAUCAUAAGAUGAAGAAUCUUGAGCUUCAGAUGAUCAAAAAGGAUGGAACUAUCAAUGAGCUUCAAGGUGACGUACGGUCAUAUGAUGAAGAGCUAACGAAAACUCGAGGAAUCCUAUCAAAAGUAACUCAAGAGAGAGAUUUAAUGUGGCAAGAAGUGAAGGAAUACAGUGAGAAAAACAUGUUGCUGAACCGUGAAGUCGAAUUACUUAAGAAGAAGACGGAAGCUUUAGAGGAAGAUACACUCUUUAAGGAUGGUCAGAUCUCUAUCUUGAAAGACAACCUUAACAAACUUAAAUCUUGCAAUAUUCUAUUCGAGCAAGAAAACGAGUUUUGAGCAUUGAUUGACGACUACAGAAUGGUUUAUUUUUCAACCUGCGGUUUGAUUACUCCGUAUAAGCGAGCAACUAUUGUACGUAAGGCGAAGGGAGAAAAUCUAUCGUAUAUCCGAGAAUCAGAUGUGGGUUAUUUUUUUUUUAUUGGUUUUAGUGUUAAGGGUUGUGUGUGUGACUUAAGUUUCUUUCUACUAUUCUUGUUCUUUUGUACAUGCAGAAAUGAUUUGUGUCUUACAAUAGUUAUAGAUUAAUCAAGAGUAGUGAUGAAUCAAAGAUGUGAAUAAUGGCUUAGAAAUGUGUAGUUAUGUAGAAUUCAUUUUGCAAUCAAUUGGUGCAUAUUCAAUUGGCUACUCAUUAUCUUUGUACAUGUCCAUACUCUAUAGUCUACACUUUUAUAUUUUUAAAUUUUAUUUGAUCUUUUUAUUACUA